UCCUCGGGCAGUUUAUUUCUAAUGAUGUUUAAUAGACAGCUUGUCGUCGUCCGUCCACCCGUCUGGCAAUAGAUAAUAUCUAGACCUCAUUAUUCCCUAUUUUCUGUCUUCCUUACUAUCAAUUGUCUUGUUCAACAAUUGAACGUCAUGUUUGCUAGGCGCUGUUCCCGGCUGGUCGCCACGAAGACGGCCGUCCCUUUGACAUCCUACCUUUCUAGAGUCGGCAGGCCGUACUCUUCUGCUGCACCAGCUUACGAGAACAUCCUGACGGAAACACCAAGGCCAGGUGUUGGUCUCAUUACUCUCAACCGUCCCAAGGCUCUCAAUGCCCUCUCCAGCUCCGUUUUCAAGGAGAUCAACGAUGCACUUUCCAAGUACGAGGAGGACAAGGAUAUUGGCGCCAUCAUCAUAACUGGCAGCGAGAAGGCCUUUGCUGCCGGUGCCGAUAUCAAGGAAAUGGCUCCUCUGACCUUCUCCUCUGCCUUCUCCAACAACUUCAUCGCCCCCUGGUCUCAUCUGGCAAACAACAUUCGCAAGCCGGUUAUCGCGGCUGUUUCUGGCUAUGCUUUGGGUGGUGGCUGUGAGCUGGCCCUCAUGUGUGACAUUAUCUACUGCACCUCGAAGGCCACAUUUGGCCAGCCAGAGAUCAAGCUGGGUAUCAUUCCCGGCGGUGGUGGCUCUCAGCGCCUGACACAAGCCGUGGGGAAGAGCAAGGCUAUGGAGCUCAUCCUGACGGGCAAGAACUUCAGCGGAAAGGAGGCCGGCGAAUGGGGUGUCGCUGCUAAGGUGGUCGACGGUGGAAAGGACGAACUCCUGGAGGAAGCCCUUAAGACUGCCGAGACAAUUGCCAGCUACAGCAAGGUCGCCGUUCUGGCUGCCAAGGAAGUAGUCAACAAGAGCCAGGAGCUCUCUCUCAAGGAAGGUGUUGAGUAUGAGAGACGCAUCUUCCACGCUCUAUUUGGCACCAGGGAUCAGAAGAUCGGAAUGACGGCUUUCGCGGAGAAGAAGAAACCGGAAUGGUCAAACGAAUAGACAAACUAUGUCUUGACUGGGAUCUGUAUUGUAGCGCUACAUAACAAUGUGACGAUUCUGAUUUGCAUACCUUCUCUUCAGGUCAGAUCUUUAACGACUUGCCACUUCACACGAUCGCCCAGGAGACACCGAAGGUCAUAACCCAUUGUU